GGGUGGGGCUGGUGGCGCUGUCCGGUGCUGAAGCUCGGCCGGCGCCGCCGCAGGAGCGCUGAGAGCGCAGCAAAAGGAGCUGGCGCCGCCUCGCUAACUACCCCGUCGGUCCUCGCUCCCGCGCGGCCAUGGACUGAGCUCCAACCGGCUGCGGGGAUGGGGCCGCUGCUCCCGCUUUUGCUGCUGUUGCUGCUUCCGCCGCCACUGCCUCGCGCUCUGCCCGCCCCCGCGUCUGCCCGCGGCCGGCAGCUCCCGGGGCGCCUGGGCUGCUUGUUUGAGGAUGGCCUGUGUGGAUCAUCGGAGGCCUGUGUGAACGAUGGUGUGUUUGGAAGAUGCCAGAAGGUUCCAACAAUGGACACAUACCAAUAUGAGAUGUCACCAGGAGUCCUCCUGCACCUGAGGGACACCUUACAGAAGCUCUCCCGUACAGGUUUCACGUGGCAAGAUGACUACACCCAGCAUGUGAUGGCCCAGGAGCUUGCAAACCUCCCCAAGGCCUACCCAUGGCAUAGAGACACGUCCGGCCCAGCCAGGACCUUACAGCAGAAUGCUGAUAACGAAAAGUGGCUCAGCCUGGAGAGCAGAGUGGCCCUGGCCAAGACCCUUCGGCGCUAUCUGCCCUACUUGGGGCUUCUGUCCCAGGCCCCAACUGCGAAUGCACACCCCCGGACAGAACAUGAGACACGCCCGGCCAAGGGUGAGGACUCUUUCCCUGAUAACAUCCUGACCUAUGUGGCUCACACUUCUACACUGACUUAUCCUGCAACCCGGGUUAAGUAUCCUGACAACAUUUUGCGGCCGCUUAGCAGGCUCCAGCCAGAUGAACUCAGCCCUAAGGUAGAUAGCGAUGUGGACAAACAGCAGCUGAUUGCUGCCCUUGGUGCCUACACUGCCCAGAGGCCUCCCGGAGAAAAUGAUCCAGGGCCACAGUACCUUCUACAUAAUCCUGUGAGAUCAUCGAGACCCUUCUCAGCGCCUGCUGCUUCUCAGAGAUGGUCUUUCCCUCCGGGAGAGUCCAAGGAUUCCCUGAGCAUGGGAGAUGACACACUCCUGCGGCGUCUCCUGAAGGAUCUGCAGCAGCAAGUCGAAGUGGACCACCUGGACCCCCUGAAGUUUGAGGAGAUGGCAGACUCAAUUGCUGGAGUCAAACAAAGUGAUCUUGCAGAGGGAAGCCAAGAUAGCCAUGGGAGAGGGGCUGAAGACCAGCCAAGAGAGCAGGCGGAUGCCCCAGAGGCAGUGCUUCAAGAUCACAGGCUAUCAGAGGUGGAUGAUCCAGUGUACAAGGAGGUCAAUCGUCUGAGUGUCCAGCUUGGGGACCUCAUGAAAGACCAGGGGUCACCUCUAUCACCUGAACUUCCCAUUCUGGGAAAGUCCUCCGGAGCAGAGAUCAAGAAGUCUGAGCAGCCUGAGGAGGUCUUGUCAUCAGAAGAGGAGACUGCCGGGGUGGAGCAUGUGAGGAGCCGGACUUACUCCAAAGACCUGAUGGAGAAGAAGCUGUACUCGGAGCCUCAGGCCCAGACACUUGAGAACCAAUUCCAAAACCGAGCUCCAGAGGUGUGGGAGGAGGAGCAAAGCCUCCACGCAGUGGCACAGGGACCCCCUAGUGGAGGCCUUCAACUGGAAGUUCAGCCUUCUGAGGAGGAGCAGCAGGGAUACAUCCUCACAGGAAGCAACCCCCUAAGUCCAGAGAAGGGGAAGCAGCUGAUGGAUGAAGUUGCCCACAUCCUCGGGGUGCCUUCCAGCUUCUUUGCAGACGUCAAAGUUUUGGGGCCAGCAGUGACCUUCAAAGUGAAUGCCAACAUCCAAAAUAUGACAACUGCAGAUGUCACCAAGGCCACAGUUGACAACAAAGACCAGCUGGAGAAGACAUCUGGGUUGACUAUCCUCCAGAGUGGAAUCAGGCCGAAAGGCAAGCUCAAGCUCCUGCCCCAUCAGGAAGAGCAGGAAGAUUCCACCAAGUUCAUUGUGCUCACCUUCCUCUCCAUUGCUUGCAUCGUGGUGGUUCUCCUGGCUUCCAGCCUUGCCUAUUGCCUCCGUCACAACUCCCACUACAAGCUGAAGGAGAAGUUGUCCGGACUAGGGGGUGACCCCAGUGCAGAUGCCACUGAAGCCUACCAGGAGCUAUGCCGCCAGCGUAUGUCUGUCCGGCCACAGGAUCGGCCUGAGGGACCACACACGUCACGCAUCAACAGUGUCUCUUCCCAGUUCAGUGAUGGGCCAAUGCCUAGCCCUUCAGCUCGGAGCAGCACUUCAUCCUGGUCAGAGGAGCCCGUUCAGUCUAACAUGGACAUCUCUACAGGCCACAUGAUCCUGGCCUACAUGGAAGACCAUCUGAAAAACAAGAACCGACUGGAGAAGGAGUGGGAAGCACUGUGUGCCUACCAAGCAGAGCCCAACAGUUCACUUGUGGCCCAGAAAGAGGAGAAUGCAUCCAAGAACCGUUCGUUGGCUGUGCUGACCUAUGACCACUCCAGGAUCCUCCUGAAGUCACAGAACAGCCAUAGCAAUUCAGACUACAUCAAUGCCAGCCCCAUCAUGGACCACGAUCCACGGAACCCUGCGUACAUUGCCACCCAGGGCCCACUUCCUGCCACCGUGGCCGACUUCUGGCAGAUGGUGUGGGAGAGCGGCUGUGCAGUCAUUGUCAUGCUGACACCGCUCUCGGAGAACGGCGUCCGGCAGUGCCACCACUACUGGCCUGAUGAAGGCUCCAACCUCUACCAUGUUUACGAGGUCAAUCUAGUCUCUGAGCACAUCUGGUGCCAGGACUUCCUGGUGAGGAGCUUUUACCUGAAGAACCUGCAAACGAACGAGACUCGCACAGUGACCCAGUUCCACUUCCUGAGUUGGUAUGACCACGGAGUCCCUUCCUCUACAAGGUCGCUCCUGGAUUUUCGCAGAAAAGUAAACAAGUGCUACAGAGGCCGCUCUUGUCCAAUAAUUGUUCAUUGCAGUGACGGCGCGGGCAGGAGUGGAACCUACGUCCUGAUUGACAUGGUUCUCAAUAAGAUGGCCAAAGGUGCUAAAGAGAUUGAUAUCGCAGCGACCCUGGAGCACUUGAGGGACCAGAGACCAGGCAUGGUCCAGACAAAGGAGCAGUUUGAGUUUGCACUGACCGCCGUGGCUGAGGAGGUGAAUGCCAUCCUGAAAGCCCUUCCUCAGUAGGGCACUGAAGCUGGCGGGACCCUCCCACAAGUGCUACCAGGACCACAGCCGGGUGUCAUUCCUGCAUCUUCUGUGUAGUAACAGGGUCCGUCAGUCAGUGCAGGUGGCUAGUCAUGUGUGUUUGUGCUUAACGUAAUAGCAGAUGUAUGGAAAAACCUAGUUAAGAGGGAAGGACAGACCCAGCUUCUAAGUGCCACAGUCUUGACAAAGGUUCCUUUCCCGUAAAGCACACUUUCACAUUUUCACAUCAAUGACACAGUAGUUAGAAAUCCACCGUGGCCUCAGUGGGAGCAUGCUUACAUCUGUAAGUUGCUGGAGAAGGGGUGGAUGGGCCAGGACAGUCAGCAAGACACCUAUUGAGAACUACUAGGUGUAGAAAUGCAUUUGAGAGCUGUCUGUAAGACAGUCUCGUCAUCAGGAGAAAUCUCUGGGAAGAGAUCAGUGUCCUGCAUCCCUGGGACAUAUGACAAGAGUAUCAUCAUGUCAUUCUACCCACUCCUCCUGAUGGGCCCCCAGCACAGUCACUGACCAUGCCUGCCCCAUGUGGAUCCCUUACCCCUCUUGGAGUGUAGGCACUCGAUUGACUCCAAAAGCAGGGACCCACAUGUUAGCUUCACCCUUGUACCCUUGCAAAGCUAUAGAAAAGCCCAGCCCUGAAAUGCAUUUUUAAUAUUAAGAUUCUGGUUUCUGCAUUACAAGAACAGGUGCCCAUAGUAUGCUUUCCUUGAAGUUACAAAAGCAGAAUAAGUAUGGUAUUUAACAAGCUCCGAGGGUCUCCAGGAGUAAGUGCUCCCCAUCCUGCACCACCCAGGAAGUACCCCAAUGUUGCUAGCAUCAGAAAAAGUCUUUGAUGCUCCUACUCCUAGGAAGAAGACUAGGAAGCCCCUUUGGCUCUGCUUCCUCCACCCUCCCAGGUGACAAUGAAAUGCAUGCUCACUGGAUGAUCCAGAUUGCAGAAACAUUUGGGCAUUGCACUGCCCACCUCCCCACACGGAGGAAAGAAACCACUUUAGGGAGUGCAAGGCACUAGAACCCAGAGAGGUACAAGACAUUGCUAUAAGCACCAGUUUCUGGGGUUGAGUAUGAAAACACCUGUCUCCGGUGUCCCCAUUGCUUUUUCCCCUUAGCCUUGACAUUUCAAAUUGCAGUGUGGCAAGGAAGCAGGCUGCUCAGCGGGAAGCAAGGCCACAGUGUUGUCGUGUCUCAAGUUGUGCUGUAUACCUGCCUAACAUCUCCAACAUUUCUCUUCUGAGUCAUUUUCCCAUCUGUAAUUUAAAUAAUAAUUAAUAGAAAUGAAUUUAUCUGAAUAUAGGAAACAUAUACUUGAUUGUAACUUCUUAUGUUUAAAGAAAAUCCUCAGCGUGAUAUACAGAUAUAUUUAACUGUGUCAUAUUAAAACUUCUGAUUUCA